AUCGCGCGAGACUCUGUAUCAGACGAGGAGAUAACCACGGGUAAAUGAAUUUGUUCAUACUGAUUCUACUUAGCACGUGUAUCCUACUUCAGCAUAUCAAUAAUCCAAACUAGGGUUAAGUCGCAUUCGUUCAAAAUUUUGACAACAUUGUAAACAAGAUGUCAAAUUUUGGCUGGAAAUUCAGGUAUGUCGUUUUAUCAGCCGACCAUGAUGACCAGUCGCCUGUUGUGUAUUGAUCUCCCGCUAAAGAGAAAGUAUCGUUUGUAGCAAGACAUCAUGAAGAAGAUAUUUUUCGGAUGCAGGAAAGUCGAGAAGGAAGUCGGCGUAAGCGGACGAGAAACAGUAAAUGUGUUUAUCAUCUCCUUCUGCUUCUUUUGUGUGUUUACAGCGUACUUAGCACUACAAAACCUGCAGAGCAGUUUGAACCAAGAGGAUAGCCUGGGAAUAACAUCGCUCACCUGUAUGUACGCUUUCAUCAUCGUGUCGGCCAUUCUGGCUCCAUGGAUAAUCAAGUCAUUAGGAAUCAAGCUUUCCUUGCUUAUAUCAUGGGUAUCGCAUAUUCUCUACACGAGCAGCAAUUUUUAUCCAACGUUUGCUACACUGCUACCGACCUCCAUCCUUCUCGGGCUCAUAUCAGGACCAAUGUGGACUUCUCAAAGCGUCUUCAUCUCCACAAAUGCCUACUCCUAUUCUGACCUGAAUAAGGCAGAUACUCACGCCACUCUCAGUCGUCUUAAUGGGAUUUUCUUCACUUUAUAUGAACUCACUCAAAUCACGGGAAAUUUGGUGUCCUCUUUAGUCUUAAAUAAAGACCAGUACAAUAUGACGUCAUCUUCAGCGUUGGUCUGUGGUUGUAAUGACUGUCCAGUUGUUUCGUCCGGCAAUGAAACGAACAAAAUCAUCGAGCCGCCGACCUCUACAAUUUACUUGAUGCUUUCGGUUUUUCUAGUCUUUGAUGUGAUGGGAUUUUUAUGUACUGUAGUCUUUUUGCCCUCAAUUCCAAAGAGUGAAUGGGCAGAACAAUCUAACACAAAAGAGUCGAUUACGGCCUGUUUCUCUGCUUUGUUGGAUCCCAAACUUUUCUUGCUCGUACCGUUCAUUUCAAUAAUGGCGAUGGAACAGGCAGUGCUAUGGACUGAUUAUACCAAGUCUUACAUAAGUUGCCCGUUUGGCAUACAGAUGGUAGGAUUUGUAAUGGCUAGUUAUGGCUGUGCGACGACUGUAAGUGCUCUUGUGACGUCACGGAUAGCCAAGUACACGGGGCGGUAUAUUCUGUUUGGACUCGCAGCCUGUAUCAACAUGGCAAUAUUUGUUUUGCUAUAUAUCUGGGUACCAGAACCUGGCCAGGAGAGAUACGUGUUUGCCAUGGCGGUGGUGUGGGGCUUGGGGGAAGGGAUAUGGCAGACACAAUCGAAUGCAUUGAUAGCCCUGCUAUUCCCAGAAAAGACAGAAUCGGCCUUUGCGAACUAUCACUGCUGGAAGGCAACCAGCUUUACCGUGUACUUCGUCAUCAGUUUAUACGUAUGUGUGAAAACUAAACUGAUCGUCGUCAUGACUCUUCUGGCUGUUGGCUCAUUCCUCUAUGUUGGUGUUGAAGUUUACGUAUAUAGAAGAAACCACAAAGAACGAAAAUGAAAAAGAAAAUUUAUCCGUCCACCCAUAGCAUUAUACUUGUAUUAUUGUACGUUGUUGUUCUAUAGUAAAUAGAAGAAAAAAACCCAGAUCACAACAUAUAUCAUGCCCGUAAGUGCCAUGUGUAUUCACGAGAGAGAGAGAGAGAGAGAGAGAGAGAGAGAUUAAAUGAAAAAGAUACAGGAUAUUUCUGCGACUCGGCAUUAAAUACAUGUACAUCACGUCAUGAAAAGGAGAAGUUACAAUGUAGGACUGCGGCCAUAGAUGCAUUAUGAACAAAUACAUGUAUGUAGGUCUUUAUUUAGUGUCCCAGAUAUGUCUACCAAAAGUAAUAUUUUCACAUGACAUAAUUCAAUUUUACAAAAAGGAUACAAGAUUAAUGAAAAUUCCUAAUUUUCUCCUGGCUAAAAAAUAACAAGAAAAUAGAGAGCACACAUUUUCAUAACUUUCAAACAUACAUGUAGCAAAUGCAACUUUGUUACAUGUAUAAAAAUAGUAUCGUCGACUGCCCUAUUUCGGUGACUGACCAGAAUCGGUAACCUUUUGUUUACGUGUGCGCGUUGUCGUUUCCGGGUGUAGAUUGCGUCAUCAAUUUUGCCGUAGUGUUUGCAACCAUAUAUAGAGUACGUCUUCAAUUGUUUUCCAAAAUGAACUACUAGGAGAGUAUGCAAAAAAAUCAACAUAAGCACCCCCAAAAUAAGCCCAUUUACUUAUUACCUUCAAAUUAAUAUAAAAUAUACCAAAAGUCUAGAACUCUACCCAAAAUAUUUAAUUCAUUGACGAUUAGUUGCACAUGAAGUUCGUCCUGUAUAUACGUUUUUGCAGUUACACUUUUGGCAAACCUAUAUUAACAAUGGUCUCCGAAAUAGGUGACGUCACCGUUUGAGGACCACAAAGUGAAUUGUUUUUUGUUACGAAAAUGUAAUCAAUUAACGUACCAAUAGACUUGGAAUUUUUGGAUAAAAGUAAAGAAAUUUAAUUACUUUAAAGUUAGGUGUAUUGUUUAUUUAUUUAAUCCAAGUGAUUAAUGAGAAAAUUGCGGUUUAUCACUAAGGUCACCGAAACCGGUCAGUCGACGAUACAUAGACAAUCGUGUGCAUUAGGUUUCCCGCAGAAAAACGUAUGUACUGCUACAAAAGCAUAUACCUAUUUCUUCUUAAACUCUAAUUUUCCCGAAGUCUGUGACAACCUUGUGGCUUUAAAUACUUGCAUUCUAUAUUUUUACUGAGAAAUCAUCUUAAGAUAAACUGUCCUAACUUUCUCCACAUCGUAGAAAAUGGGUGAAAAUUACUUUCAUUCCUCAUAAACAGAUUUCAUGCAAUUUGUUAAAAAAGAACUUUUUAUGACGCUAAGCCAAACAUCCUUGAACGUCGCAUGGCGCGACUUUGUUUAUAGACACGAUUUAAAGAAUGCCCACCUAUUGAAAUGAGGUUAAAAGGCAACUAGAUUAUAUAAUAAUAAAUCAGAUUAUCGAAGUUUU